GAUGACCAGAGACUGCGGACACAGUACAGGGAUGACCAGAGACUGCGGACACAGUACAGGAGAUGACCAGAGACUGCGGACACAGUACAGGGAUGACCAGAGACUGCGGACACAGUACAGGAGAUGACCAGAGACUGCGGACAUGGUACAGGAGAUGACCAGAGACUGCGGACAUGGUACAGGGAUGACCAGAGACUGCAGACACAGUACAGGGAUGACCAGAGACUGCAGACAGUACAGGAGAUGACCAGAGACUGCGGACACAGUACAGGAGAUGACCAGAGACUGCAGACACAGUACAGGAGAUGACCAGAGACUGCGGACA